AUGACCACCCACUGUCAUUACCACCACCCACUACCCACCACCACUCACUACCACCAUUCAUCACCACCACCCAUCACAACCAUCCGCCUCUACUAUCCACCACCACCACCACCCACACCACCACCAACACCCAUCACCCUGCCAACAUCACCUCCACCCACCACCCACCAAAAACCAUUGACCACCACCCAUCACCUCCACCCAUCUUCACUACCCAUCACAACCACCCGUCACCACCACCCUACUCAUCACCCACCAAAACCACCAUUCACCAUCACCAACCUCACCACUAAACACUACCCACCCACCCACCUCCACCACCUAUCAUCCUCACCUAUCUCCAUCACCCAUCACCACCGCUCACCACCACCACCUACCACCCACUAUAAUCACCACCCCACAUGUCUCCCCCACCACCCUUCACCAACACCACCACCUACCACCACCAAAACAUCACUACACGCCACCACCAUCCAUCAUCACCAACCGUGA